GCAGUGGCGGCCGGUUGUCCAUCCGCUCAGGGGCACAUGCUUCCAGCUCUGUGUAAACUUUAACCAGAGCGUAGUUUGAAACGACCUGCUCCUAAUCUCUGCUCCUUUGGAGGAGCUCUGCAGAGACCGCUGCAACAGGAAUGUCUCUCCAGACACCGUCACCCUGAGGGGGGGUUGAAAGUCUCGCUUUAGGGCCAAACUGUCGGCAGUGUCAACAACGGGGCCGAGUGAAGCUGCCCUUAAUGCAUCAAGCCAGCCAGACACUAGCUGUGGGAGAGAGGCCAUAGCACCUUUCCUGACAAACGAAGAAGCCAGGCUCAUGGCCGAGAGCGCACUAGGUGCCAAGAGGAGCCCGUUCCAGUACGUCCUGUGUGCAGCCACCUCGCCGGCUGUGAAGCAGCAGGAGGAGACGCUCACUUAUCUCAACCAAGGUCAGUCCUACGAAAUCCGUUUGCUUAACAGAAAACUAGUGGAGUAUACAGAUAUAAGCAGCAAAUAUGUGAAGAGCAUCGUGCGCGUGGUGUUCCAUGACCGUCGGCUGCAGUAUAUGGAGCACCAGCAGCUGGAGGGGUGGAGGUGGAACAGGCCCGGAGACCGAAUCCUGGAUAUAGAUGUCCCACUGUCAGUGGGGAUACUGGAGCCUCGCUCGCACGCUCUGCAGCUCAACACCGUUGAGUUCCUCUGGGAUCCCGCCAAGAACGCUUCGGCUUUCAUCCAGGUCAACUGCAUCAGCACGGAGUUCACCCCCAGGAAACACGGCGGGGAGAAGGGGGUUCCCUUUCGUAUCCAGGUGGACACGUUCACCACCAACCAGCAGGGGGAGUACAUGGAGCACGUCCAUUCGUCCAGCUGCCAGAUCAGAGUCUUCAAGCCGAAAGGAGCCGAUCGCAAGCUGAAGACCGACCGGGAAAAGAUGGAUAAGAAGACACUUCAGGACAGAGAAAAGUAUCACCUGUGCCACGAGACCACGCCGCUCAAAGAGGUGAGGCAGUGUUCCCCUUGGCCCGACGCCUUGCACCUCACCACCCACAGCAGCUGCAGCACUCCAUCGCCAGUUUACCACAGCUCCCCAACGUCCUGUAGCUUCACAGACGGCGACUGUUCUCCGCACCAGCAGGGGGAGCUGCUCGUGCCCGGCCCCUCCGACCACCUCCUGCCGUCGUGCUCGCCGCAGGGCACUCAGGAGUGGCUGCACCGCCACAGGUUCUCGUCUUUCUCCAGAGUCUUCACCAGCUUCUCAGGUGCCGAUCUGUUGAGGAUGAGCAGGGACGAUCUGAUUCAGAUAUGUGGCCCGGCGGACGGCAUCCGCCUCUUCAACACCAUGAAAGGAAGAUGCAUACAGCCCCGCCUCACCAUCUACGUGUGCCUGCAGCAGGCGGGGAGUCCACCUCCCACCAAGCCCGGAGGAGGAGACAUCUACCUCGCUCUGUACCUGGAGGAGCUGACGCUGCUGGACCUGUCCGAGAAGAUCUCGCUGCUGUACAGCAUCGCUCCGCGGCAGAUCACGCACAUCUACAGACGAAAGCCGAACGGGAUCCACGUCCUAGUCUCUGACGAGAUGGUGCAGAACUUCGGGGAGGAGACAAGCUUCAUCAUCAGCACCAUAAGGGAUGAAAACACUGACGGCUUCCACGUUGUGUUGAAAUGACCGGCGGGAACUCAGGAGGUUGUUCCACCGGUGGAAUUGUACAGACUGUAUAUAAAUCCUUCUAGAAUACAAGACGGGGGCGUUCACAGUACAGGAAAAGUGCGGUUGAGCUCGUAGUUUUACUGUUAAUUCUGUGUGUGGUUCAUUUCCUUGUGUCGUUUGUAUUCUGGUCAAGUUACUGACUCGUGUUGUAAUUCGCGGCACAGUGGUGGUAACGUGUGCUUACAGUUUGUCCUUCAACAGCUUCGAAUGCAAGUGAAUCACUUCCGUGAUCUUAGAUGAAAAGUUAAUGUCGCACGUCAUCGUACAUGCAAAUUGAAAAAAGACAAAUGAACAAAAGUGUUUUGACUGCUGUGUCCCUGCUCUGAUCGUGUCCUGACAUGUUCCACAUGGCGGGUCGGCUUCUGUCGCCAUGAGGCUGAACGUUUCUCUGGAUGAAAUUGUAAUGCAACAUUUUAAAACAGUUCAGACGUCUCAGCUCGCAAGGCCGCCCGGCUGAGCAUUGAAGUCGACAGGUGUGAACGGGAGCAUGGGGCUGGCUGCUGCGGUUCGGAGCGGUGAUUUGGACUUGUGCAUUUGUGGCCAAAAUAAAGUAUUUUGCACUGUU